AUGGCGUCCUACUUGUCCCAGCUGAAGGACAAGUCUCUCUUCAUUGAGCAAUGUUUGGUCAAUGGCAGAUGGAUACACGCGAAGUCUGGAAGAACCUUCAAAGUUGAGAACCCAGCGACCGGCGAGGCAAUUGGCGAGUGUCCCGAGUUCUCAAAAGAUGACACGGAAGCGGCCAUAAAUGCUGCGGCCCAGGCGUUCAACUCCUUUCGGAAAGUCACAGCUCGAGGUCGGGCCAAGCUCCUUCGAGGAUGGUAUAAUCUUAUGCUCGAGAAUGCAGACGACCUCAGCUUGUUGGUGACAUUAGAGAACGGCAAGGUCUUGGCAGAGGCCAAGGGCGAAGUUGCCUAUGCCGCAAGCUUUCUCGAGUGGUUCAGUGAAGAGGCUCCCAGAACUUACGGUGAUACAAUACCUGCGACCAAUGCUGGAAACCAGGUGAUUACGAUUAAGGAGCCAGUGGGAGUUUGUGCUCUUAUUACACCAUGGAACUUUCCGGCCGCCAUGAUCACAAGGAAGGCCGGCGCUGCCCUAGCAGCAGGCUGCACAGUAGUCAUCAAGUCACCAGCCGAAACGCCUUUCACAGCAAACGCUCUCGUCGAGCUCGCACACCGUGCCGGCGUCCCCAAGGGCGUCAUCAACGUCAUCACCACAGACAGGAACAUCGUCGAGGUCGGACGUACACUCACCAUGUCGCCCCUCGUGAAAAAGGUGUCCUUCACGGGCUCGACCAAUGUCGGGAAGCUCUUGAUGCGCCAGUGCGCCGAAACGACACUGAAGAAGAUCUCGCUCGAGCUGGGUGGCAACGCGCCCUUCAUCGUCUUUGACGACGCCGACAUCGAAGCCGCUGUGCAGGGCGCCCUGGUCAGCAAGUUCCGGUCGUCGGGUCAGACCUGCGUCUGCGCCAACCGCAUCUUUGUCCAGGAUGCAGUAUACGACAAGUUUGCCAACAAGCUCGCGGCGCACGUCCGAGAUAAUUUUGUCGUCGGGGACAGCCUCAAGUCGGCAAAUGUCACGCACGGCCCCCUGAUCCACGACCGGGCGGUCCAAAAGGUCCAUGAGCACGUCAUUGACGCCGUUUCCAAGGGAGCUAAGAUCCUGGUUGGUGGGCGUAAAGUGCCCGAGCUUGGACCCAACUUCUUCCAGCCGACUGUCCUUGCCGGUAUGACGUGUGAGAUGAAGCUUGCAAGCGAGGAGACCUUUGGCCCCGUGGCGGGCCUGUUCCGCUUCAAGACGGAGCAGGAGGUGGUCAAAUUGGCCAAUAGCACCGACAUGGGCCUGGCGGCAUACUUCUUUACCAAGGACAAUCAGAGGGCAUGGCGCGUGGCCAAGGCGUUGGAGGUCGGCAUGGUUGGGCUUAACACUGGCUUGAUCAGCGAUUCUGCUGCACCAUUUGGAGGAAUUAAGUCCAGUGGAUUCGGACGUGAGGGAAGCAAGUACGGAAUAGAAGAGUAUAUGACGGUCAAGAUGAUCACUUUCUACUAUGGCGUCACCAGUGCAAUAUAG